AUGACGACGGUUUUAAAGAAAAAAACCGAACUUCCAAAUGUUAUUUUUGUUAAGCUUCAUAAAGAAGAUUUGUGGAAAAAAACAGAGCUUAAAAUGGAAGGUUAUAUAUCAUAUCUAGUCAAAGAACCGUCUAAACCACCUGUUUCUCUUGAGACAAUAGUCGGCGACGCGUCCACUGUAAUUCAAGAAGUUGACUUAAUGAAUUUCGAUGAUGAGAUCAUCAAUAAUAACAAUCUCCCAUCAAAUAUAUUAAUUGACGCUGAGCCUUCGCCGAAUAUAAUCGAUAUUCUUCUGUGUGAUCCCACUUUUGGUUCUAAUAAUUCAAAGAAUGAUUUGACACGAGCCCGAAAUGCACAUGAACAUGGAAAAAAAGCACUUGUGGAAAAACCAUCUGAAAAAGAAAAGGUUAAACAAUCUACUACGAUUGAAAUUAAAUCUCGUGUGGAACAAAAUAAUGAUAAUGGCGUACAAAUUAAAACCGAUUAUCCUCGUGCUACCACCGAUACCACUACCAUGAAGAAAGAUGUUCGGACUGAAGUCUUUCCAAUGAAAUCUACAAAGAUAAUUAAUUCUACCACGAAAACAAAUUCGGAUGUCAAGCCGAGAAAGAGAAAAGUUUACACUUUUAUGGAAUUGAUCUUAUAUAAAUAUUCCCCACUUACUAAAGAAAUCAAAUGUGAUUUCAGUCUCGAGGCUACGGAAUAUAAUCUGUUGUUAGACAAAAAACAUUGCGCGGAAAAUGAUUCAAUUCGUGUACCAGGUCGUCGUCGAAAUAGCGACUACAAUGGCCGUAUCUAUGGUGAAAGUAAUCUUUAUGUUGCACCCGCCAUUAGAAAGAUUUGCGAGUUUCCCUCUGAUUUAUCAUUUAUUAAUGAAUUAUUAGUUGCGCAUAAUCGAUGGAUAGCUUUAGUACUUGAGAAGGAACUACGAAAAGCAAAAUGUUCCCAUAUUAUGUGUACAAAUAUAAGGUCUUCUCAUACUCAAGCAAAAGAUGCAAAUGAUGAAAAUUGCGUGACACCGGAUGUCCAUUAUCACGAGACUACAAGACCACGAAAGGCUGUACGGUUCUUAGAAAUCAAUGAAGAUGAUGGAUAA